AUGAAUUCGAACACGAUUUCGACCUCGACCCUGCCCUUGGUCGUAGCAUCGGAAUCACCGGCACCACGUCUUCUGGAACAUUGGGCGGAUAUCUUCGCAUCAACGAUCAGGUUUACGCCCUCACAUGCCAUCAAGUCAACGCAUGCACCCCGUGCUGCCAUCAUCCCUACAGACAGUCCUAUCGGUAUCGAGAGCUCGUCCCCCGCCGACCAAGGAAGAUGGAGGAAAUGGCUCGAGAACGAACGCCGCGAAGCUGUCGAGAUGCGAACCCAUCUGGAAAUGAAGAAGCAGAUGGCGCUUCAGGGCAGCCGCCAGCAGGCAGCCGCCAGCUCCAACCGACAGCUCGGAACAGUCCUCAUGUCUUCCGGCUUUGACGAAAUGACCGAGAAUGGCUAUAUUCUGGACUGGAGCUUGAUUAAGCUCAAUCCGAGCCGCUUCGUCCACCCAGAAAUGUUGAACAAUGGGAUAAUCAGGCCUUCCCCGAGUUUGCCCGGACCAAAUUUCCAGACUCCCGACACCAUCACCAGCGCCCGUGUUAACGGCGAGCCCACCUUCCACCCCACGGCAGCCCUUGUCGAGAACCUCGACGACACCCGCCCAGUCAAUGUCCACAAGGUCGGCCGUACUAGCGGCACCACGCGCGGGGCCCUGCACGAGCUCCGGGCCGCGACGGCGGUCACGUACGGCAUCGGCGAGCACGGCACCGUCGUCGAGACCGAGGCGUGGGUCGUCAUCACCUCCGAGGACACGCGCCGGGCUUUCGCCUGGGAAUAG